AUGGAAGAGAAGAACGACCUCGGAUUGACCGAGAGCGUACCAGAACGUGAUAUAGAACACGACGCGGUCGACGCGUUUGGUGGCGAUCCUUUGACCACUAUCAAGACUGCUGCUUCCAAAAAUGUCCGACCAUCCACCUUAUCGAGGACCAUAUCAAAGGUCAGGACAUCCGACGAACUAGAUCCAGGGCCACCUCCAGACGGGGGUGUUGUAGCAUGGACUCAAGCAGUGUUGACACAUGGUAUCAUCUUCGUGACCUGGGGCUUUAUCAACUCCUUUGGCUUAUUUCAGUCUUACUAUGUGGACAACAUGGCGAUCGGAUCCCCCUCAGCUGUUGCAUGGAUUGGCACAAUUCAAGUGUGGAUUCUUUUCAACGUUGGAACAUUCUCCGGUCGAGCCACAGAUGCUGGGUUCUUCCGAGUCGUGUUUGUAUCUGGCGCUGUUAUCUCACUGAUUGGCAUUUUCACACUCAGUUGGUGCAAAACGUACUGGCAGGUCUUCCUAGCGCAAGGAGUAUGCAUGGGCCUUGGUUUCGGACUCGUUUUUGUUCCCUCCAUUGCCAUUGUCAGCACGUACUUCCUCAAGAAGCGAUCAGCAGCGUUGGGAAUUACCGUCACAGGCUCUGCAACGGGUGGAUUGGUCUUUCCAGCAAUUGCUCAACAGAUGCUGCCGAGCGCAGGAUUUGCGUGGACGGUACGCACAAUGGGCUUCGUACAGCUUGCGAUACUUGUUAUCUGUGCGAUAUUCCUUAAACCACGACUUCCACCUCGCAAGACUGGGUCGAUUGUCGAGUGGGCUGCUUUCAAGGAGACGGCAUAUUCUCUGUAUUUACUCUGCGGGUUCUUUUUCUUCUGGUCGGUAUACAUUGGCUUCUUCUACGUUACCAGUUUUGGCCGCAAUGUGCUUGGCGUCAGCCAGGAGACAUCGCUGAAUCUUCUCUUAGCAAUGAACGGUGUUGGUGUGGUCGGACGAAUGGCUGUCAAUGUGGUGGCCGUGUACACUGGACCUAUCAACAUGCUCUUCCCCUUCAUCGUUGCCACAGGGAUAAUGGGCUUCGGUUGGAUUGGAGUGCAUGAUAUUACAGGCUUGUGGGUUUUCACCUGUAUUUACGGAAUCACCGCUGCUGCGUUGCAGGGCCUGUGGCCCGUGGUGCUUACUAGUCUGACAUCUGACCCAAAGAAAGCUGGUGUGAGAGCUGGGAUGGGAUUUGCGUUCGUUGGGUGGGCCGUCCUCACGGGACCGCCGAUAGGCGGCGCUUUGAUCGAGACGAUGCACGGAGACUUCUUAGGCUGCCAGAUCUUUGCGGGUACGACCAUGUUUAUCUCUGCAGCAUUGUUGGCGGCAACGAGGUGGGCAGUGCUAAGGAAAAGAGAGAUCAGUUGGAAGCAAAUAGUAAAGGUAUGA